CGGAGAAUUGCCUCGAGUUCAGUAGCAUCCUGCAUGGAGCCUCAGCUUCAGCCUGACGCCGGCCAACACUCAGUAUGUCGUCCUGUAGACACGAUGUUCCUCAUGCAAUUCUUCCCGACGAUUUUACGUUCGAAUGCAUGCAAAACCCAUUGGUGUGUUUAUUGCUUUGAUUCGGCAUAGUGGUAAUCUCAUCAUCAAAUACUCAGAAUGCACGAUUUCUACCAUAAUAGACUACUCAACGAUCCCACCAAAUUCCAGCCUCGUUCUGGCAAUCGGUGUGUUGAGAUCAUCCUAUCAAAAGUAAACAGUACCCGUCGACUGAAGUAAGUGCAUACUGAAUCCUCCUAGACUAACGUCUGCUCUUUACUAAACGAGCGGGAGCUUGAGGAGCCUGCCAUACGGGACUGGGUAUGCCGUGAUCAUGUCAAUAUCACGUACCCAGAUGGUCGCGGGCCACGACAGCCACACCUCAGACUUUUGAUUGGGAGCCCUGAGCAACACCAAGGCGACGCAGAGAUCUUGCCGCUCCCCAUGUCAAGAGAUACCUUUGAGGCAGUCAGAAUUGCAUGGGGCUUUCCAAAGGAGCUUCUCCGAAUGAUGCUGAGUAGCCUCCCGAUUGCUGAUGACUUUAAAGCAACAGACGUGAGAGGGAGUCUAGUUACUGGAGUAAUGAUUCGAAGUGCAAGAUCUCGCGAUUGGAAUUUCUGUCUAGCUCUUGCUUACAAUGAGAAGACCGGGUUGCUCCAUGGUAUCUUGAAUGGGAUGCAGGCUGACGAGAUUGAAUUGCUUCUUGAUUGUAUUCAAAGAUCUGGGAGGGAUAUUCUGGAUUCAAUGUUGCUUCCUAUCUUCCUCCUCGAGCUGAAGGUACAUUAUUUUGCAGUGCUGCUUGAGAAGCGCGCAAGGGGAAUCGAAGAAAUUGAAUACAUGACUGGAAUGAGGCACGGCUUCUCUUCCAACCCAAGGCGCAACAUGAGCAUGGUCAAGGAUACCGAACGAGAACGUAUGCUUAAAGAGCUGGACUUCGAUCAGAUUACCCAGAAAUUGACGGGACUCACCGGGACAUUGAGCUUUUGUGAAAUGACAUUCAGCUCGAGCUUGAGAGCUUUGAACAAAGUUGAUGCUAUCAGGUCGAGGCUUACUCCCCAGCGAGAAACCCGAGAAGAGGUCGACACUCGUGUUUCAUAUUUGAGGGAGCUGUUGAUCGGCUCUCAAGCCCUGGGUGGUGUUCUCUUAGACCGCACAAAGGCUCAGGUCCAGACGGUGUACAGCCUCAUAGGUCAGAAAGACAACAGAUUGAACAUCGACACAGCUGCAGCGUCUCGGAAAAUCGCCGAGAUCAGCCUAGGUCAAAACACCGCAAUGAAAGACAUGGCUGAAGAUUCGAGGAAUGUUGCAAUAUUGACCCAGAAGGAUAGCACCAACAUGCGUAUCAUCGCGGUAGUGACCCUCCUGUUCCUCCCCGGAACAUUCAUGGCAACCUUUUUCUCUGCCGGCUUUUUCAACUUCUUUGCCGAGAAGCAACAAAGGGGUCAAGUUGUUUCCGAAUGGAUAUGGCUUUACUUUGUCCUUACUGGAGGCACGACAAUUGUUGUCUUUGUAUGCUGGAUCUGGUACUCGAAGAGACAGAGCCAGGAAAUCCUCAGAAUCAUCAAAAGCGCAUCCUCUGCAGGCACUGAAGCCGCCCAACUCAAUUUUGAUUCGACGAGUCCACAUCACCUGUCGCUUCCAGUUCAGCAAGACGAUCGAUCUAUGUCGAUAGUACCAGGGGGAGGAGGAGCACCUGUUGCCCGAGUCAUCAGCUCGCGGAAAACGUUUACCUAAACAUAUCGGUGACAAGGAUCCGCAGUUAGAGUGAUAUAACUCGAGAUCGUGGGAAUGUUCUAGUUUCAGGUAUCACAAACCAUGCUGAAUAUUUACAAAUCCAUAGCAAUAUGCAAGCAUCUCUAUCAGAAGAGGUCUCGCUCGGAUUGAACAAGUCAUCAUUAUAGACUUCUCGGAGGAUAUGAGAUUU